CUAGUCUCCCCUUAAUCUCCAUCCAAACACCCACUACUGCUUCCUCUCCUCACCGCGCGUCGUCUGCAAGCAGUCCAUUCCACAAUGGGGGCUCUGCCUCGAGGUCUUUUGGUCCUUGGCGUUUGCGCCGUCCUAGUUGUGUCCGUGCUCGCGGACAAGUCCCCAGCGGCUUCCACUGUCGUCGGCUUGGCCAAGUGCGCCGACUGCACCAGGAAGAACAUGAAAGCUGAGGCUGCUUUCAAGGGACUUAAAGUGGCUGUGAAGUGCAAGAACGCCGCCGGCGAGUACGAAACCAAGACCGUCGGUGAUGUAGACAAGUCCGGCGCCUUCAGCUUGCCCCUCGGCGCCGAGCUCCUCCACGAAGACGGCGAGCUGAAGCAGGAGUGCUUCGCGCAGCUCCACAGCGCUCCCGGCCACCCAUGCCCCGGGCAGGAGCCGUCUCAGAUCGUCCGGCCGUCGUCCACUGACGCCGUCGACAAGAAAACCUUCGUCGCGGUCGCCGGCAAGAUGCACUACUCGUCCAAGGAAUGCGCUUCGGCGUUCCUCUGCGACCCGUUCCACAAGAAGCACCUCUUCCACAAGAAGCCCGUCGUUAUCCCACACUUCCACAAGAAGCCCAUCGUGAUCCCGCACUUCCACAAGAAGCCGAAGCCGAUGCCGGUGCCGGAGUACAAGCCGCCGACGCCCGUCCCGGUGUACACGCACCCGACGCCCGUGCCGGAGUACAAGCCGCCGACGACGCCCGUGUACACGCACCCGACGCCGAUCUACCAUCCUCCUGCCGCCGAACAGAAGACAGCAGCAGGACAGGACCCGGAGACGGACCCUCAACUAUUCAAGAAGCUCCUCCCGCUCAUCAAGAAGAACCCCUUCUUCAACAAGUUCCCCAAGUUCCCCCCUGUCAAGGAGGAGACCAAGCCAUAGAGAAAAUGGUGCCACAGGAAGAAUAUAUAGUCGCUGUGUGGGAGAAAGUCAUGUUACCUACUAUUUCAGUAUCCUCACUGAGAUCAUCAGUUCUGCUAGUCCUCGAUCAGGUUUCUUCAAAAUAAAUUAAACUUUUGUUCGAAUGAUAUAUUGGCCUGCAUGUAAACUAUCUUAAAUUAUUAGACAUACAUAUAUAAAGUUUGAUUUCUUAUGGUGCAAAA